UCCUUUUAGGUUUAUCGAAGCACACGUUCUAGCUAGUUCGUUAACCUUUAGCAAAUAUCAUCUUCGAUCUUGUUAAUUAUUUAGUUGACAAACUUCUUUUCAAAAAUUAUGGAAGCUUCACCUUCUUCCACUUUCAUCUUUUUAAGUGUGGCUUACCUUCUUGUAGUUUCUAUUGGAAAUUCCAAUGCCCAACUAUCGACAAACUUUUAUUCUAGCUCUUGCCCUAACCUCUUAUCUACUGUGAAAUCCGUCGUGCAAUCUGCGGUCAACAAUGAGGCUAGAAUGGGUGCUUCCCUCCUUCGCUUAUUUUUCCAUGACUGCUUUGUUAAUGGUUGUGAUGGAUCGGUUCUACUAGAUGAUACUUCUAGUUUCACAGGUGAAAAGAAUGCAUUCCCAAAUGCUGGAUCCCUAAGAGGAUUUGAUGUCGUAGAUCAAAUAAAAACUGCAGUUGAAAAAGCUUGUCCAGGCGUUGUCUCGUGUGCUGACAUUUUGGCCAUUAGUGCGAGAGAUUCUGUAGUUAUUCUUGGAGGACCAACUUGGAACGUGAAGUUGGGAAGAAGAGAUGCCACAACUGCGAGCCAAUCUGCUGCAAACACUAACAUCCCAGCACCGACUGCUAGCCUCAGUGCUCUCAUCAAAAGUUUCAGCGAUCAAGGGCUUUCCACCACCGAUAUGGUCGCUUUAUCUGGUGCGCACACCAUUGGUCAAGCAAGAUGCACAACAUUUAGAACUCGCAUUUACAACGAGAGCAACAUUGACGCAUCAUUUGCGAAAACAAGGCAAGCAAAUUGCCCAAGUGCUAGUACAUCAGGCAGCAACAACUUAGCACCCUUGGACAUUCAAACCCCUAAUACCUUUGACAACAAAUAUUACAACAACCUUGUUAACCAAAAGGGUCUUCUACACUCUGACCAACAGUUGUUCAGUGGUGGUUCCACCAACGCCCUCGUACAAACAUAUAGCAGCAAUCCAAGCAGAUUUAACACCGAUUUCGUCGCGGCCAUGAUCAACAUGGGUGAUAUUAAGCCGCUCACCGGAUCCAAUGGUCAAAUUAGGAAGAAUUGUAGGAAAACAAAUUAGUUUCUGUUUAGGUGGUGUGACCUUGAUUAAUACUACAAGCACGCAUACGCCACAUAAUAUAAUGUUUUGUUUGUCAUAGUUUGGUUCAAAGGAACCUUGAUUGGUAGUGCUGUUUUACCAAAAUUGAUCAAGUAAGAGUUACUUGUGCUUUAAGUUUUCUUUUUGUCUGUACUAUUGUAGGAAGUUGGGUGAUAAAGAUCAAAGAGUUCGUUGUAAUUGUAAAAAGUUUGCUCUUUGUGGUUCUUGACUACGGAUUGGAGCACUGUUUGGUAUAAAUGAAAUAAGUUUCUGAAGGGUAAACGUACAUGUUUUAUCCAUUUCUUAAA